GCAUUUCCCUACUCACUCUGUCAACAUGAUAGCUGUAGCUGGCUCCAACUCCUAUGCUCUGUGUGGAUUUGUCCUUGUGUCAUUUGUAUUUCAGGCUGGGUUUUUCAUUUUCACUUACGUUUACUUCACAAAUGAAAUCAAACAGAUUCAUGAAAGCUACAUCCGAAAUAUUGCCUGUUUCGUCGAAGAAGAUUUUGAAAAUGUCCUUCAACCCGUGGAUAGGAUUGUUGCUGACAGAAAUAAUGACUGCUGGGCAGUAAGGACUCAGCUGAAAGUUUUAAUGAGAAAGAUGAUUGUGGGCAAUUAUGGACCAGAUAUAUCAGCAAUAAUCAAAGAAAAGGUUUCAGAAAUGAUUCCAAUUGUCGCUGCUGAGAAGCAAACACAAACACGGCAACUCUUUGCUGCUCACUUCACUGGAAACGGGAAACCCCAACUGCAGCAAGAAAGUCUUUGGAAUAAACCCUAUCAGGGAUAUAAAAUAACUGAAUGGUCUGAAAAAAAGUCCUCAUCUUCAAAUGACCAAAUCAAACUGGAAAAUGGAGAGCUGGUCAUUUCAGAAAAUGGCUACUACUACAUCUAUGCCCAGACAUACUUCCGUUACAAGGACCCAGAGGAGGGAAAAAGUAAACAACUAGUGCAAUUCAUAUACAAAAGAACAAAUUACCCCAAGCCCAUAGCACUGAUGAAAAAUGUGAAGACAACCUGUUGGUCCAAAGAGGCACAGCAUGAACUUCACUCCAUUUACCAAGGAGGUGUUUUUAAACUAAAUAAGAAUGACCGACUUUUUGUUUCAGCAAGUAAUGUAAGUAUGGUAGACACAGAUGAAGCGGGAACCUUUUUUGGAGCAUUCCAGAUAUCCUAAAUAGAAAAGGAUUAUGGGAGAACUGGAAAUGUUAUGAACAGUUGAAAAGGCAAUAAAAGGAAACCUGUCAUCUUAGAAAUACAAGAGCAUCUAUUGCUGGCCUCCUGAAAUUCUAGCCAGGAGUACUUAUUUACAUUCCAAUAGACUUGUUAUAUAACUCUGAAGGACACUAACAAGUAUCAGAAACACUCAUGACCAAAUUACCUGUGUGGGGAUAAAAGCUGGGUAUGUUAUUGACACUCAUUAGAUCCGAGGAUGAGUAGAGAAACGUCCCCCAUUG